AUGCCUCAGGAUAUGCCCCCGGUCGGGGGCUACUCGCCCGUGCAGUACAAGCGCAACAUCCCUGCCCGCGGCUUCCGCCCCGUCCACUACCUCAUCGGCAUGCACCUCGUCAUGGCCUUUGGCUACUACAAGCUGUUCUACGCCGUUCGUGAGCAACACGAACUCGCCCGCGAGAAACUCUGGGGCCGUCUGCAUAUCCUCCCCCUCCUGCAAGCCGAGGAAGACCGCGACCAAGCGCGCCGCUACUACGCCGACAAGGCCCGCGAGAAGGAGCUUUUUGGCACGGACAACAAGGUCUAUCACUCUGACCGUUUCGUCCGCCCUACUUUCAUGUACACCCCCUCCAAGGUUACGCAAUAG